UGGGCUUCUUAUCCAAGGCAAACAGCACGCACACGAGAGGCUGUCGCUAGCUGACUCUCUGCACAUUCACAGCUUCGCUCAACUUGGCACGUGCUGCUUUUCUCAGAGGAAAUUAAAACACAGCUCCCCGGCGGAGCUCAGAUAAAGACCUUCCUACAGUCUCCGAGUGGCGCUGUCACGCUCGCACACUGAUACAUAAAAAACCGCACAUACAGACGGAUUCACACACCCACACACAACGUGUGCGUACACGCGCACACACGCACGUAUACACACACAGACUCACUGGGAGACAAGCGCUCCCUCUCUCUCGCACACUCUCUCCCUUACAAACUCACACACGCACGCACAGACACACAUACACACACACACACACACCACUAUAACAGCCAGUGCCUGACAGGGAGUCGGAGUGGAGUGCAGAGAUGAAUGUGAAGAUCCUGACGCUGGUGAUCGUGCUCCUGGCGUCUCUGCUGUGCUCGGGCAGUGCCGGGCCCAUGACCUCCACAGAGCCUGGCAGACCAUUAGAGGAGGGGGUUGUGAGGAAGGUGGCACAGCCAAGCCCAGUCAGGAGCGCCCAGAGCCACAGACCGGCCGGCUGGAAGAGGAGACGUCCUCGGCCUCGCCUCUCUCACAAGGGGCCCAUGCCAUUCUAGAGCAGGCAUGGCCAAGAACAACCACCCCCAGGUUCUGACUUCUGUGCUCCUGUUCCUCUACACUGGAGGCCGUGCAACAGGGGCCUAGGUCAGGCCAGCUUGAAGAACUCCGUGCCUCCUGGUUCUUUUAGCAGCUUAUUUGUCUGCCCAAGAAACUGGACAAGCUUUUUUGCCCUCGGCUCUGCAAAGGAUUGGUGGGGGGUGGGGGGGAGGGCAGGUUACCUACGCUGUAAGAUUCUCUCUCUGUUUUUCCCCUCUUUCCUCUCCCUGGCAUUGCACACUUUGCAUGCCUUCUGGCCUGUGGGGGUGUCGGUUCCAACUAGUGUUAGUCUUAAAGCGUCAGAUGCUUCCUUGAGGUGUGGUGUUCUGUCUGGUAUAAGGUGAUCAUGACCAUUAAUUCCAUACCCAUAUGACUGUUUAUAUUUAGGAGUGGCAGGGGUGAUGGCAGUGUGGGGGGGGAUUAGUGGUUGAGUGAAGUAACUGUCAAUGGACCCCACACUUGGGUCUGGCUGAACUCUAAAUCCAGAUCAGAUCAGGUGAACUUCACAAAGGCUCUUAAGCAGCUUAGCUCAACAACAGACUUUCCUCAAAAAAUUAAAGGAGCUGAACCUGUUAUUCUGCUGUUGCCCUGUGAUCUUAUUUAGUUUUUACAAUGGUGAUUGUUACUCCAAAUGAAUAACCAUAAUGAGGUUAAGUGAACUUGAGAGGAAUUUAUCCAGGUCGUAAAUGAAGGUAUUUGAGCACCUCGUGCAAAUGAAAUGCAAACCCAGACACACACCCUCCUUAAAGCUUAGCGGUUCAUUUAUUCAUAAGGGAGAUGCUAUCUAAAAAUUCUGGAACGCUUGCAUCCCACCGUUGGUUCUAAUGCACAAUCCCAAGCCCUGUCAUAAUAUCGCAAAGCCUCACCUUCUGCACACCCAGAUCCUGCACAGCUGUUGUAUAUGACUGUUAACAUGGCCAGGAGUAAUCUGCAGCACAGGCAAACUUCUCCUGCAUUCAGUGAAGUGCCAAAUAAUCAUCCAUUACACAACACUGUCCGGAUGAGACAGGUCACCUCUCGUUUUAAAGAAACCAUUGACGCAUAUAGUAAGUGGGCAUUUUUGUAAAAAAAAAAAAAAAAAAGGUUAAUGUUCUAAAUUUGACUGCAUGCUCAAGGGAGGAUGUAUGAAAAAAUUGGACCAAAAAAAACUGUUCAGCACUUACUUGACAUUUUGAUAUAUAAGCCACCUUAUUCAGCCUUCCCACAGUGCACCUGUUCUAGAGAGCUGGCACAAGGGAGUUUUCACACCUGACUCACCUCCAUUGUGGGCCGAGGCUUUUUGAUUGGUGUGCCCUGAUGCCUUUUCAUUUUAUUGAAAAUUGUUCUGAUUUUGCUGAUUUUGGAUUUUUCUUUUUCUUUUAUAUAAAGGUGCUUUGAGGCUCGUCGAAAAGCAGUGUUUGAUAUGUGCAUUAUGAAAUUGACACACAUACAGCGGCAUGUACAGCAUAUAUACUUACUCUGCAACCCUGUCCGUGCAUGCGCUGCUAGCCCUGUGUCCGGAUGCAGUCCUUACUGAACACUGUGUCUUUGGUGCAGCUGCAACUUAGCUUCAUCCUGCAAGGCACAGGUGGUCCCACCUUUCAGAAAUCGGGUCAUAAAAACCCAGUGGAUAAUCUCUGUCCUCUGGGCCACGCUAGAUAAAUCGUUUCAUUUGUGAAACAAAAGAAUCACAUUCAUGACCUCCUGACAAUUAUGGUGGUUCACAAAACUAAAACUAAAACAAAUUCAAAUUAAAUAGAAUAUAUAAGCGCAAAUUGAAGAGGAAGUGUAGUUCAAUUGAUAUUUACACUGCUCAGGAAAUUUGUCUUUGUAUAAAGCUCUGAUUUUCAUCAAACAAGUGGACCUACAGGACAGCACCGCCAAAAUUACACACCUGGGGCUCUUAGGUCUUCAAAAAAAAGAAAAAUGCAGGGCAUACAGGAUUCUCCCUCUAGAAACAAGAAUAAAAAGCUGUUCAUUUUAGCUGCCUCUGUCUCCUGUGGCAGCACCUCUUAUUAAGACAGUGUCAGUAAUCGCAGGGGUAAUGCACCCAGCCAAGCUCACCUUGAUUAAAAAUGUAUUAAAUCUGAGGGCACUCUGAAUACUAAUAAUUUUCACUCCCACUAUCAUUCACUCCUACCAUUCAAAAGGGAGCUGGAGGUUUGAUUCAUGUGUGUCCUUUAGGGUGCUGGUGGGGGUGGUAUGAAAAGGGGAUGUGUCACCGAGAGGAGUACAGACCAGUCAGGUCCCCAUCUUUCCUAGGGUGUGCCUUUUGUGGUGCUGAGUUAUCAAUGUAAUCAAUGCCCUGCUUUUGACGCGUGACUGUAUCAGCCCCAUUUGCAUUAGCAGAGCUACCUAUCCACAGAACUGGAACCAACUGUUGCGUGACAGAAAAGGUAUUGGCAUUCCCUUUUGUGCUGUCACUAAAAAUGUAGCCGCUACGCUCUCCGAGGAAAACACCACCAAGAUUUCCAAAUCAAUGGCAGCUCAGUGGAAACGUUUUGUAUCCGCUCCAAGUGCCCCAUUCCCCCAGCCAUUGGCCAGCUUCCCCUCCGGACCUCUUGGUAUGGAUAUGCAGAGCAGCGCUUUUGCAGUUGGAAAAGGAAAGAAAACCUGAAAAUUCUUCCUUUGCUGUUUAAUGUUUUUUCAAUGUACAGUGACUGUUUUUUGUUGCCUUGCUGGCUGUCCAAAGCUACUUUGAAUUCAGUCUGGAAAGCACUAUUUGCUAUGAUAGCACAGGCUUAGACAAGGGCCUGCAGCACAAUACAAAAUAUGUGGCAAGUACAUUAAAGCUUCCAUGCAUUUCACUGUACAGCCCACAGUCUCCUCGAAGGCAGCAGAUUAAUGGGGCUUGGGGCAUAAAGAGGCUAACACAUCAAGGCUCAAGCCCAAAUGAUGAAUCAAUGCAUUACGUGCAGAGAGCAGAGGUUUCUUCUUAAUGGACUUCCAGCAAAGCUUUACACCAGAGAAACGAUUCCCGAUUUUCUUUCUCUCUCUCUCACUCUCUCUCACAUUCUUCCUCAUUACAUCACAAGGCCUGGGUAAUAUUGUUCCUAUGCACAAAAAAAAAUGUUUCAUGAUUUAAUGACUGAUGUUUGGGGUUUUAGCUCUUGUUCACUCUUGGUAAUGUGCAUUUGGCUGGGGCUAGGAUUGGCAGGAUUGUGAGAAAUAUGAAAAGCCCUGGGGAAAGAGGGUAGAAGGCAAGUGAACCACCAGCAUGCAAAGUGUGGCAAAAAGCCUCGCUCACUGUUUUUUCUUGUGGCUCAGCUGCAGACACCCACACCCCCCUCCCCCUUCACUCAUGAGAGACCAUACAAACCUAAUGGUGCCACAAUCCUGUCCAUAGGUUGUCAUAGCAUUAGCUUUGCUGGCACUUUUUGUUUCAAACAGUAUAAGCUUAACAUGUUCUGCACAUGUGAAACAGAGGAAAGGCAGGAAGGCAGGUGUGCAGCAUGUCUCAUUUAUUUUCUGUUAAUAAUAACACAAGCUGUGGAAUCAGCCAUUUGAAAUCCUACCACUAUCCUAAGACCACUAGCUGAACAAUCAACCGGAUAACUAGAUUGGAUCUCCCAGAGGAAUGACAUAAGUCCUAGAAUUACCUUUCAUUAGCCCUAGCAGCUUCUGAUAGGAUUUAAGGCCCAGAAUAGAACAGCCUACAUGUGGCACUUUUUGUACGGUCAGUCUGUCUCACACCUUUACUCCACAGUGUGGAAUGAGAGAAACGGAAUAAAGAAUUUUGGCCCCUGCCAUCCAGUCAGUAUCACAGCAUCACAAAGCUAAUGUUCCAAUGCCACUGUAAUAUUACUCCCAGUCUCUCAUCUUUACUGUUGAAGAUAUGUGCUCAUAUUAGCCAACUGGGCCAAAUGUACAGUCAGUCUCUGUCUCUGUUUUGGUGUUGAACUGGGCAAAAGUGUAAAAAAAGAAAAUUAAACU